AUGGCUACUGAUUCAGAUAUCCCACCUCCACAUAUCAGAGCUAAUAUCCUGAGAACGGCAUAUUACGUUACCACCAAUGGGCUUGAGGCUGAGAGGGUGACCAUGGAGUUUUUUGCGUAUGAUGAAAGUUUCGGGUUUCUGAGUAACUCACACCCCUAUCACGCAUAUUACAAGCGGGAGCUUGCUCGAGCUCAGGCAGAACCCGAACUUGCGAAUCCGCCUAAGCUCGGACUUCCUAAUGGGAUGACGCUCGAGAAGUUUAACACUAUGAAGCUCACAGCGCAGUUUAUAGCGUGGUAUGGGAAUGAUUAUGUUGAGGCUAUGAUUGAUUGGCAUGCUUCUAUGGAGAAAGAUUUUGCCAACAAGGAGGAUAUCAAUAAUCUUUAA